UUGAAUUUAACGGUCGGUUUGUCAGUGAAAGUGUCGCAGCUUGUUUUGGGGGCCUGAGCUGAGCCUAUUGUGUAUUGUUUAAGCAGCAGCAGCAGCAGCAGCAGCAAACGCUCAAAUAGUUGAAAACAAAUUCAAGUAAAAAGUGACAACAGUUUUUAAAUUAAAAGUGACUAACAAAAAACUAAAUAAAUUUGUAAAAAUAAAGUGUGCACUCAAAGCUGCGGCGCGCCACAAAGUCUCAGGAAUAAUUUGGCUGCGCAACUUCCUGCAAACAACAACAACAGCUGCAUACAUACAACGAAUUUAUACAUAUAUAUGCUAUAUAUAUAUUUGUGUUUUGGGAUUAUCAGUGCCAACUGCAGCCAACUGGACGCUGUCCAAACAAAUAACAAUUAAAAUCCGGAAGCCCAUGGCGAGUGCUGUAAACAUAAAACGUCUAGCUAAAGCAAAAGCAAAAUGUGCAAAUUAGCCGAGUGCGAUGCAAAUGCGAACAAUCGACGUCAACGCCAACGCCAACGUCAGCAGCAACAGUCUGAACAGCAGAGUCAAGCAUUUUUUUAAUUAUACUCACUGCCUACAACAGAUCGAGAGAUACAAACGAUUAUUGUGCGCUGUAUUCAUAAUUUGCGUAACUAUAAACACAGUGUCUGUUUGUGUUGAAGUUUGAAGUGUUUAUUGAAUGUGCAACUGCAACUGCUGCUGCUUUGGCAGUGAAAGACAUUGCCGAACCAGAAACAGCAGCAGCAGCAACUUGUCAGCUCAAGCCAAACAAAUGGAUAUGAAAGUGCAACAGAAGCAGCGACGCCUUUGUGGCUGGCACAGCAGCAGCAACUGCUGGCUACUGAUGAGCAGCUAUCUGAUCAUGAUGCUGAUAACUAUGGAUAUGGUCGAGAGUGCGCUGCGCAAUGUCAGUUUAAUUGUCGAUCCACCGACCCCGGACAGGGGACAGCAUGUGGUGCUGCGUUGCGUAUACGAUCUGAAGGGUGCACCGCUCUACUCGACAAAAUUCUAUCGCGGUCAAUUGGAGUUUUACCGUUAUACGCCCGGCGAGUUUCCGAACACAAAAGUAUUUCCAUUUCCCGGCAUACACGUCGAUGUAACCAGCUCGGAUGCCACUCAAGUUCUGCUGCGUAACGUUGGCUUUGGUCUAUCUGGCAACUUUUCCUGCGAAGUUACAACCGAUGCGCCGUUCUUCUCCACAGCCACAGCACAUGGCGCGAUGCAGGUUGUAGAGCUGCCCCAGAAACGUCCGCAGCUGUAUACGGAGCACACGCGCUAUGAGCCCGGCGAUGUGCUACGCGCCAAUUGCAGCACCGAACCGUCGCGCCCACGCGUUGAACUCAAAUUUACCAUCAACAAUAUGGUGAUCACCAACGCCGAGACGCAGUUUCUACGCACUGUCGAUAAUCUGAUUGCAUCGCGCAUAUCGCUGAAGCUGCAGCUCCAAGGCGUGCACUUCUCCAGCGUCAAUCCGGCCAUUUACAAUAGCGGCUACGAUACGAAUUCCGUUUAUAAUCAUGGCGCACCCAUGUAUGCGCCCAAUCCGGGCGGACUGCUGCUGCGCUGCUCUGCACAGAUUGCUGGCUUAUAUCAGGAGUAUAAGGAAAUUGAGUUGGGCACACCGCAACGGGAUCCGGUGCCGGCACGUGUUACACACUCCUCUAGCUCCAGCAUGAAAAACUUCUUUAGCACGUUCUGGCCAACUUCGGCGGCUUCAGCAACGCUGCGUCCUGCCGGCAAUCAUAUGAUGGCGCCCAUUAUCAUGGCACUCAUUGUGCUGCUUAUCGGCGGCAGUCGGCUGCUUGGUGCUCCCGCGCGAGAGCAGCUGCAGCAGCCGCAUUCCAGGCCCAUGGCCCAACGUCUGUCCACGCUGUCAUACCUGCAAGGCAAUGAAGCAGCGGCUGCUGGCCUGGCCAGCUCGCAAAUGCGUCGCUUGGGGCAGCCCUUGAUAGCAACAAAUUAGUUUAAUUGUUAAUUAAAGUGAAAUAUUUAUUUAAUAUCAGCCAGAGGUUUAAUUGUCCAGUUUGCAUGUAGUUUUAUGUUUAUGGCUUUGAUAAGUUGACAUAUGGUAAUUGAAUUCAUUUUUUGUAUUUUAUUUACAUAGAUUUAAAAUUUGCUCUACAUUUUUUAUAAAUGUGGUGUCUAAACUAGCGAGCUAAAAACCAAACUAACAAUUAAGCAAAAACAAACAAACACACACACACACAUAAAAACAUAAACUUAGCAUAGUGAUGGUAUUAAACUGCAUCCAUUAUAUAAAUGUUCACAGAUACAAGUAAAACAAAAAAGUAAAUCAAACAUAUUUAAGUUUAAUAAUACUUAUUAAA